CGUUCCUCCAAAACUGAACUGACAGAUUAAAGUUCGUAUACGAAGUUUGUGGAAAGUUCAUUCUUGGAAUGACCACAAUACUAUUACCAGUUUAGAAAUGAUUUUGAUUGAUGAAAAAUGUUCAAGUAUCCAAGCUUCGGUGAAAUCGACACUAAUCAGUGAAUUUGACUCAAAUCUUGAAGAGGGAUCUUGCUAUAUAAUUUCUAAUAUAUUGGUUGGAUUGCAUGAUCCUAAAUUUAUUAUGACAGACCAUAAGUACAAGAUUAACUUCAUCAAAACCACCAGUUGUACUAAGAUUGGAGAUGUUCCAUCCAUUCCUAAAACUUAUUUUAAAUUUGUAACUUUUCCUCAAAUUUUGACUGGGCUUGACCAAACACGUGCAAUAGAUGUCAUUGGUCACGUGAUUAAAAAGUUUGACAUGAAGGAAACAAUGAGAAGUGGAAUUAGAGUUAAACUCUUAGAUAUUGUGUUAGAAGAUUUGGAGUAAGAGUUUGCACUAUCAUUUCGUUAUUAUGAUUAUUAUUAUGUUUAUAUUAUACAAUAACACUCAUAUAUUAAUUGACUAAAAUUGUUGUUUUAUUUGUGUCAUCAAUGCAGAGGAAAUAAUGUGGAUUGUACUUU